AUGAAACGAUGUUAUUUUGAUGAUAAAAUUACUUUUCCUAUUUCAAAAAGUAUCAAACGAUUACGUGAUUAUGAUGAACAAAAACAAUUAAUUAAAUGUGAUCGAUCAUUAGAACAUCGAAAAAAAAUUCAAAGAAUCAGUCAAAAAGAAGAAGAAGAAGAGGAAGAAGAACAACAAUAUCAUUGUCAAGUUUAUCUAAAAUUAUUUCCAUCAACAUUAAAAUGUUCACUUGAUGUUAUUGUUAAGCCAAUAAAUAAACAAACAAAGGAUAGUGAUGAUAUUGAUUCAAUUUUAAUAGCAAAAAGUCGAAUACCAAAAACAAUCAAACCAGGUGUUAUUCGUGUUCGUCUUGUUUCAGCUUUAUUUAGUGCUGAUAUUGAUGUACAUGAAGAUCCAUCUCUUAUUAAACUUGAAACAAUUAAAAAUCAAUCUUAUCAUAAUCAUUUUGAUAAACAAUUUGCUCUUAUAUUAAAAAAUAGUCAAAUUGGUCCAGGUGCUAUUGGUAAACUAUUUAUUGAAUUCUUAGAUCCAUCGAAUGGAUCAUAUACAAACAAUCCACCUAUAUUCGAACUCAAUCUCAAUUUAGCAUCGCAAUAUAAAAUUCCAUUGACUUCGUCACAUCAGAAAAGUGACGAUAAUGUAAUCUGUUCUUCUUUAAAAUGUGGUUGUAUUCUUUCUUCGGAUCAAUCUCGUUUAAGUAUUAGUGACAAAUGCAAUUUAAUAUUAGAUGAUAUGAAACUUGUUCAUCGUCUAGCUGAACCUCUUCGUUGUUUAUGGAAAUCUAUUGGUCGUGAAUUAUCUCCUUGUUUUUCUGAAAUUGAUCUAGAUGAUUUCAAUCAAAGAUAUUUUUUAUCCGAAGGAAAUCAAGAAUGUACUUAUCAAUUAUUACGAGAAUGGUACACACGUGAUCCUCAUCAAGCAAAUAUUCGUUAUUUACUAACUCGAUUACAACUUCCUUUUCAUAUUGUUAUGACAAUUCACAAUAAUGUUGUGAGAACAUUUUCUUUAUCUUAA